AAAUAUUUCAACAUCAAUCAUGUAGAUCUCGCCUAGGGUAAAAGUAAAACCACGUUAAUGGGCCAAGCCCAUGUGGGUAAAUCUGGUGUGCUCGGUCGCCCAAUAUAAUAGAAGUGGAAGCCGAUUAUACCACCGUAUAAGCAUUUCGCAUUACAUCUUCAAGAGAGAGAAAAAAAAAAAACAGUCGCUAUGAGGAAAUUUGAUCCGUGGCCGGUGUUUUUCAAGAGAGAAUGGAACCGCUGCUGGCCAUUCCUCGUCGGAUUCGCAGUCACUGGCACCAUUGUCACUAAGUUUUCCCUUAGUCUCACCGAGGAGGAUGCGAAGAACUCUCCGUUCGCGCAAGCACACAAAAAGCGUAAGUUUGUUUGUUUGUUUUUUGUUUUUCGAUCUGGUUGCAAACCCUAGAUUUGGUUUAUUUAGUAAAGAUCUAAAUUAAAAUUUUCGUAGAAACCCAAUAAUAUCUUCGUUUCUAUUCUUUCUAUUUCCCUUUUCUAAAUUAAAGUGUGGGGAGUGAAUUAAUUUAUCGUCAAUCCAUACUGGUGAUAUAUUUUUUAAGUAAAUUGAGGUUUUUAAGUAAUCCCAGAAAACACACUGCUAAAUAUUUUUUCUCUAUUUUUUUCCUGCAGUAAUCGACCCGAAAGAUUAUAAAAAUUUGGAUGAUAGUGAUGUCUAUACACAAAUUUGAUUUUUAGGUCAACAAUAUAUUUGCAUUGUUUUCGUUUUGACACAAGUUUAAUCUGUUUUGCUGGGAAAUUUCGAAAUUCAUAGUCUGUAAAUAACCGAGCUGGAUGGUAGUUUUUGGUGUAAGAUUUUAUUUUAUGUUUUUGUGGCAUUUGACCCUUCACAAUUUACUGGUGAAAUGAAGUUUGUCACUAAUUAGCUUGUGAGGGAGAUUUGAGAUUGUUUAAAAAUCUCUUAGGAGUUGCACAUGUGUCUGCCAGUUAUAAGUUGUUGUUGCAGCCCAUUUGAUUCAACUCCUCGCUCUGUAAGAAGAAUCUCUAUAUGCACAUAUCAUAUAUACACACGCACAAUAGACUCAUAGUAGCUAUAAUCAAAUGGAUAUGCCUAGAAAGUUUGGGUAAAACAAAUUGUUUAAAGACAAGGCAAUUACUCUCAAGGCACCAAUGGUUUGCCCACUUUUGAGUCAUUGAAAUAGGAUCAUAACCUCUACUGGAUUGGGUGAAUCCAUAACUUAGGUUGAAUCCAUAACUUACUUUUUAAGCCUUCUAAUUUGUCGGUGAACUUGAAGUUGUUUGUUCCCAGCCUUAGCACUAUUGUGAAAAAUGUACAUAAUAACAAGUAAUUUCUGUAAAGGGAAAUGGCUUUCAGAUAGAGCUGGAUUUGGAGGUUCAACUGAAAAGACGAGAAGCUUACAAUGUUAUUAAAAUAUACGGUUCUGCAUAGUCAUAUGCAAAAUCCAUGUCACUUGGAGAAUGGUUGUGGCUAUUGAUCAGAAAACAUGGAUUUAGGAAUUCCAAAUAUUAUAACUAAAUUGUUGCUCUUGCAUUGAUAGUUGGAUUAUAAGUACAUUAAAUGGUUAAUGUGGUCGGGCUCCGUUGGUGUUGUUUCAGAGUGUCGUCGUUUGUUGUUUGUACUCUGCCAAGAUGGUAUUUGCAAAAAUUCCUGGACAAGGGUGCAUUAUCCUAGCAUAUAAUUCUAUUUUCCAUGAUAUGGUUUAUAUUUGCUUUCACAUGCAUUAUUUGAGCUUUACUGGUAAAUGCUUCCAGAAUCGUGCAUUAGAUUCACACAUAUUUGGUUUCAUGCAAUCAGAUUUAGCUGUCAACUGUUAAUUCACAGGAUUGUGCAUUAGAUUCACUCAUAUUUGGCUUCUAGAAUUGUGCAUUAGCUGUCAACUGUCAACCAGGAUUGUGCAUUAGAUUCACACAUAUUUGGCUUCUAGAGAUGGGUGGACCAACUUUGUUCUGACUCAGCUAACUUUGCUUUGCAGGUUGGGGUGACAAAUAUUAAGCUUUGUUCGUAGAAACCGAGUUUAUUUGUGUUCUCACGCAAAUAACAAGAAUGCUCUUUCUUGCUCUUGAAAGACUCAUUAUACUGAUAAGCGUGAUAUUUUUCCAUGUUUCUAUCCUUGUGCUUCAUAUGAACUCAAAUUCCCUUGCUAAAACUUUUCAGCAGCAGUCACUCUAAAACUUUUAUUUGCUGCUUGAAUAAGAUGUAUGUUAUUUGUGAAUUUUUUUUGGAAGAGGUAAUAGGAGGUAGCCCUUUUUAGUGGCAAUUGUAUU